UGCGCCCAGUCCUAGUGCUCACUCUCUUAACACCACCAAAGCCAUGGGCCAGGCUAGGGCUUACCUCCUAGCCUCCCUAGCGGCAUUCUACCUCGUCGCCCUGGCCACCCCCCAGGUCGCCGCCGACAUGACCGAUGAGGUCAAUCUCCUGUGGGGAAAGUGCAAUGUUCUCCGCGACGGCGCCGGCCGACAGACUGUCGCGAUGAGUCUCGACCGCAGCACGACCUCCGGAUUCAGCUCGAAAAUCAAGUACCUCUUCGGGAGGAUUGACAUGGAAAUCAAGCUCGUGCCCGGGAACUCAGCCGGCACAGUGACAACAUUUUAUAUGAUGUCAGAGGGACCAUGGCAAUACCAUGAUGAGAUCGACCUUGAAUUCCUGGGGAACAGCACCAGCAACCCCUACACCCUGCACACCAACGUGUAUGCCAGAGGCGUAGGCAGCAGAGAGAAGGGGUACCGGCUUUGGUUUGAUCCCUCCCAGGACUUCCACACCUACAGCAUCAUUUCGACCCAACAAUACAUCCGAAUCCUUGUUGAUAACAAGCUGAUCCGGCAGAUCAAGAACCAGAUGAUGUAUGGUGCCCCCUAUCCAAACUAUCAACCAAUGAGGGUGUACAGCACCAUCUGGAAUGCGGAUGACUGGGCGACACAGGGUGGGCGGGUCAAGACCGACUGGUCACUAGCGCCGUUCACAGCAUACUUCCGGAACUACAAGGCCUCCACCUGCUCUCCAAGCUCCAAGGCCUGCGGCCAGAGCUCCCCUGGUUCGUCCGGCCCGGAACUGGACCAGACGCAGCAACAGCAACUGAAGGAGGUGGCUGCCAACUCCAAGGUCUAUGAUUACUGCGAUGACUCAAAGAGGAGGAUUGGGUCCCCCAAGGAUUGUGAGUCACAGUAGAAGUGGUUCAACUAGCAGAUACAAAAGGAAAGGUGCAUUGGAUUAUUUAGUCCAUUUUUUCAGAACAUGAACAUUGUAUUCAGUUUACUUGCGUAAGUACCAUGAUUGCUGGUGUACCUUCAUAGAUAA